CUCUGCACGCGGCGGCUUUUCCAUAAGAUUUUCAGAUACUAAAGUUGUAUGUUGUUUAAGUUUUUUAUAAAUAUUUGCAAAAAAAUGACUGCCGAUAGGUUAGAUUAUCGUAACAAGAUUAUAUUGGCGCCCAUGGUGAGAGUGGGGACGCUGCCCACACGGCUAUUGGCAUUAGAAAUGGGUGCGGACAUCGUCUACACUGAGGAACUCAUAGAUUUGAAACUUGUUAAAUGUGUACGAAAUGUAAAUGAUAUUUUGGGUACAAUCGAUUAUGUUGACCCUUCGGAUGGCACAGUCAGUUUUCGCACAUGCAACUUAGAAAAGUCUCGACUUGUCCUACAAAUGGGUACCUCCGAUGCUGAUAGGGCUCUUGCAGUUGGCAAAAAGAUACAGCAGGAUAUAUCCGGCCUUGAUAUCAACAUGGGUUGUCCGAAAGAAUUUUCCAUAAAAGGUGGUAUGGGAGUUGCACUCUUGGCUCAACCAGAUAAAGCAUGUCAUAUUUUGAAGACCCUAGUGGACAAUUUGGACAUACCGGUAACAUGCAAAAUAAGAAUAUUACCCAGUGUUGAGGACACAAUAGAAUUGGUAAAAAAAUUGACUAGCACUGGCAUAGCUGCAAUUGGAAUACAUGCACGUACACGUGAUGAACGGCCAAGACAUAAUCCACAUCCGGAGGUGAUAAAGGAGGUGGCCAAACAUGUAAGCAUACCGGUAAUAUGUAAUGGCGGUUCGCGGGAUAUAGAAAAAUAUGAGGAUAUUUUAAAAUUCCGCAACCUUUGUGGAGCUUCAAGUAUAAUGGUUGCAAGGGCUGCCCAGAUGAAUGUUUCGAUAUUCAGAAAAGGAGGUCUGUUACCUAUGGAUGAUCUUAUAUGUAAAUAUCUAAAACUAAGUGUCGAUUAUGACAAUCCGCCGCAUAAUACAAAAUAUGGCAUACAAAGUAUUAUGAGGGAGCAGCAAGAAACACCGAGAGGAAAACUGUUUUUACAAUCUCAGACAAUGCAACACAUGUGCGACAUUUGGAACAUGGGUGAUUACUGUCGUCAAAAAGAGUUGGAAUUACACAAUAAAGGCAAUAUGGGUAGACGACAAGUUGUACCUGGACAAGUACCUGAUUCCGAUAUAUUAGAAGUAGCAGCUAAAAAAGCCAAAACAGAUGAAUCUGUGGAGGAUGAUGAAAAGGAUAUUAUAGAGGAGAAUGUAGCCUUUCUAAGAUGUAACUACAAUAUAAAAACCGAUCAUUUCCCCAAAACACAGCUCUAUGUGUUUGCCAACAAGAAUGAUAAGUUACCACCUACUUAUGUUACCGAGGGCAAAGACAAGCUAUUUCGUUCCAUAUGUACAUUCGAUGACAAACGAUAUCGCUCAACAUUUUGGCAGAAAAAUAAAAAGCAAGCAGAGCAGGCAGCCGCUUUGGUGUGCUUAAAGAACAUAGGGUUGGUGACGACAGAAGAGCUUAUAAAAAAUGGCAGCAUACUGAGAUGACUUAAGGACAUGUGGCUUUGAAAUAGAAUUUUUAGCUUAAUUUUCUUUAUAAGUUGGUAAUUAAAACUUAUGGUUUUUUCUUUCAUUAUUUAUAUUUGAUUGUGUUCAUGAUAAAAAAACAAUGAAAAUACAAAAUAAACAUUUUGUUUUGUAAGCACAAAUGCCGAGCAAUGUCAA